GUAGCAUACCGAGAGUAGGAGGAAAAGCAAUCCUGUUGCCGUCGUAAGUCGCUGACGGGUGCUCGGAGGAGACGUCUUCAGACAGCGGGGCUUAAAGAAGAAAUGUAGCUUCCUUUCUGCUGGGAACUGCGUGUUUCUGGAUGCCACCAGAGUCCACAGAUCCUGAUUUUGAACAAGAGGGUUUGGGACAGCAUUGGAAUCUGUGCACUGAAGGCACACUGGUGAAGGCGUGAUCUGUCCCAGCUGCACAUGCAAAUAUGAAGUUCUUCUGGAUCAUCCCAUUUUUCCUGCUGCAAGACACUGAAGCCUUUCUGAUGAAAAAUGCUAAAGUCAAGCUGUGUUUACAAGCCAGCCCGAUGGAUGGGAGUUUACUGCUGGAGGACUGUAAUCCAGAGUCAGAUUUCCAGGACUGGUCUUGGCAAGGCGAUUCUUUGAUGAAUCAUGGCACGCAGAGCUGCCUCUCCGUGGCGGAGGCCGACAGAGUGCAGACGAGUCUCUGCGGCAGCACGGGCUACAUGAGCUGGGACUGCUCGAAUUCGCUGCUCUCUCCUCUGGGUAGCAGCCAGGGCUACCUGGUGGCAAACAAGAAAGGAGUCGCUCUCAAUAACGUGAGAGGCCUCAAGGCCCAAUGGCAAGACGUUGCAAACAGGAGCGUCUGUGAGGAGAAAGCAGCUGAGGCAGAGCAAGACAGGUACUUCACUGCAGCGCUUGCCAGCACACACAUGUAUGACCCCACAACAGGCAACGUGACCCUUGCGCUGGGUAUAGAUCAAGUAAAGCUGGAGGAGCUGCUCUGGUUCUUCCGCAGAGAAGACCCAUCAACGUGGAAUUACUCCAUCCUUGCGCUUUCCUUCGUGGCCAUGAUUUUGGGUCUUCUGCUCCUGUCCAUUAACGUUGUGCGAAACAGGAAAAGGAAGAUCCACAUGUAUAGAGAAGCAGAGCAAACCGUCCAGGAGGCUGAGCUGGAAGCCAAACAAGCCCUGAUGUCCGUGCAGGAAUACAGCCUGGCCGAGCCGCAAAAGCAGGAGCCGGUGCCCCAAGAUCAGAGAUCAGGAGAAGUGGUGGUCCAGUGGAAGGAUGGGACCGUCACGUCUCUGUAUGCAGAGAGGUCUGAGGAUGCCACCAUAUAACGGCAGCUGAAGUCAAACCAUUUAGGCCCUAAGGAAUGUAUCAGAAUGUCUCAAUUCGUAAUGACGGAAGUUUAAAAAUGCAGUUCAGCCUGGGGAAACAAGAGAGAAAAAAAAAGAAA